UUUCAGAACUCACAAACAGGAACCCCUGUCACCUUGAAGGUGGAUCCAAAGGGCUACAUCCUGUAUUGGAAAGAUCAAAACAAGGAUAUGGACUUUCUAGAUAUUUCCUACAUCCGCGACACCAGAACAGGAAGAUACGCCAAGGUUCCCAAGGGUAGUAGUCGUAGGCCGUCAGCACCUGAGGGUAAGUUACGUGACCAAUGUAUGAUAGGUCCAUCAGAUGUUCCGACAGAAGACAAGACAAUCACAAUAUGUUAUGGCAAGGACAUGACCAACAUCGAGUUUGUCAACUUUGUGUGUGCCAGUCGAGACGUGGCCAGGGAGUGGACAGAAGAGCUGUUAAAGUUUGCCACGAACUUGUUAGCGUUAAAUGGCAGUGUCCUGUCGUACCUAGAGAAAGCUCACACCAAACUUACCCAUGUCCUCGAUGUCAACGGAAGAAUUCCCGUAAAAAACAUAAUUAAAAUGGUAGCCAAAGAUUCCCGAGAUGACAAAAGGAAAGUAGAGAAGGCCUUGGAAUCGGUGGGGUUUAUGGCCGGAAAGGACAGUUUUUUCAACUUGCCUUUUCAAAAGAUGGUGUCAAAAAACACUAAACAGAAUGAAACCAUAGACCCCAACAAGUUUUCCUUUGAAGAUUUUUUCAGCUUCUAUCGCCACCUUAUUGGAAGGACAGAAGUGGACAAAGUAUUUGAUGAAGUGGGAGCAAAGAAAAAGCCGUACCUGACAGUAGAACAGUUUGUGCAGUUUUUAAACAAGCAGCAGAGAGACCCGCGAUUAAAUGAAAUUCUCUACCCCUACUACACCGUGCGGCAAGCACAGGAUUUCAUAGACGAAUAUGAAUCUAGGGCAAACAUGGCAGCAAAAGGGCAUUUGUCACAGGAUGGGUUCUUGAGAUUUCUGUUGAGUGAUGAUAACAACAUCGUCCCGCCAGACUCGCUUGAUCUCAGCCAUGACAUGAAGCAGCCUCUAGCACACUACUUCUGUAAUUCCAGUCACAACACCUACCUACAAGGUCACCAACUGACAGGGCGAUCAUCAGUUGAGAUGUAUAGACAAGUUCUACUGACAGGGUGUCGCUGUAUUGAGUUAGAUUGCUGGGAUGGUCGAAACGCUGAUGAAGAACCCAUCAUCACUCAUGGAUAUACCAUGUGCACUGAAGUUCCUUUCAAGGAAGUGAUUGAAGCAAUCGCAGAAAGUGCUUUUAAAACAUCAGAAUAUCCAGUUAUACUCUCUUUUGAGAAUCACUGCUCGCAAAGGCAGCAAGCUAAGAUGGCAGCCCACUGCAGGAACAUAUUUGGGGACAUGUUACUCACAGACACACUAGACGGAUUUCCUUUAGACACAGGUAUUCCAUUGCCAAGCCCAUGUAGUCUAAUGCGUAAAAUCAUCGUCAAGAACAAGAAGAAGCAUUUCCACCAAAGAGAAAAGCCAAAGCAGCGUCAAGUGAAGGAUACAAAUUCUGUGGAUGAAGGAGGUGGGACAGGGGGUGGGGUCGGAGGCGGUGAAGGGGGGAAACGGUCUGAAAGUAUGUCAGAGGACACCCUCAGUCAAGGAGUGCCCGGCCCUGAUGCCAAUCUAGAGGACGUGCCCUCGGAUUCCUCGGACAGCGAUGACGAUGACGGGGAUGACGAUAAUGAAGAGCAAAUUCAGUUCAAAGUGGAGAAGGGUACAGCUGGACAAGAAGCCGAGGCUGGGUUAGAAAUGUCAAUGCUUGUUAAUUAUGUUCAACCAGUUCACUUCCAUUCCUUUGAAACUUCAGAAAAGAGAAACAAAAGUUUUGAAAUCUCCUCCUUUGUGGAAACUCAAGCAACCAGUCUUCUGAAGGAAUACCCUGUGGAAUUUGUCAAUUACAAUAAGAGACAGUUGAGCAGGAUAUACCCCCGGGGGACACGUGUGGACUCCAGUAACUUCCUUCCACAGAUUUUCUGGAAUGCGGGUUGCCAACUUGUGGCAUUAAACUUCCAAACUUUAGAUCUUGCCAUGCAAUUAAAUCUUGGAAUAUUUGAAUACAACAAUCAAUGUGGUUACAUCCUGAAGCCAGACUUUAUGAGGCGAGAUGACCGACGAUUUGAUCCAUUCGCGGAAUCUAUUAUGGAUGGUGUUGUGGCAGCCACAUUAACUAUUAAAGUUAUAUCAGGGCAAUUUUUAACAGACAAAAAGAUUGGUACUUAUGUAGAGGUGGAUAUGUAUGGUCUACCCACAGACACAGUUCGUAAACGACACCGAACUAGGACGGUCCCAAAUAAUGGCAUUAAUCCUGUAUAUGACGAGGAGCCAUUUGUAUUCAAAAAGGUUGUGUUGCCAACUCUGGCAGUGAUACGGCUGGCUGUGAUGGAUGAGAACAAUAAGUUGUUAGGUCACAGGGUGCUACCAGUGGAGGGACUAAGACCAGGUUACCGACAUAUACCUCUGAGGAAUGAGUGUAACUUGCCAUUAUUAAUGCCCACUGUCUUUGUACACAUCAAUGUGAAGGAUUAUGUUCCUGAUGAUAUGUCAGGCUUAGUGGAUGCUUUGACAAACCCCAGACAAUAUUGGAGUAAACGAGAAAAAGAGAAAAGAAAAACUCUUCUCUCCAAGUUCUUUGAUACUGGGGAGGGACUUAAUUUUUCUGACCAAGAAUCGUUUGGCAAAAGUAUAAGAAUCAACAAUAUAGAUAAAAGCAGUACCGGUAGUUUAAAGUCUGCACAGCCAAACGGUAAAACCUCUGGUCCCACCUCGCCACAACAUCGAGAAGUGAAUCCACUGAACCGAACCAAGAGUCCUACCCCAGCAAUGCCAGAGGAAAUCACUAAGGAAAAAAUCAGCAAGAAACCCACACAUCCAGUAGUUAAACCAGAAACAAGCAAUGGCCAGCCAAAUCAGUUCAACCAAUUAUCUCUAAAAGAAAGCAAAAGUCAGGCAGUGAGCACAAUUCAAUCACUAUUGAAUGAUCAAGCUUUACUGGUUCCAACACCUUUGAAAGAUCUCAAAAAUCAAAAGGCAUUCUUCAAGGUCAUCUGUAAAAGGGAUAAAGAACUGGAGUCACUCAGUAAAAAGCAUGAAAAGGCCAGGGAAACAAUGCGUGAGGUACAUGAGCUACAAGAAGAGAGACUCAUGAUAUCUCAGGUGAAAGCUAAGACCGCCAUGGAAAAACUUCACGCUAAAUCGUUAAAGAAAGCUAUAAAAGCAGGCAAUGUCGAGGAAGUGGAGCAGGCAAACAGACAAGAGUACCAGAAGCUCACCCGAGAGCACGAUGAGAAGGUACCACCUAAUCAUAAAGAACUACGCAAAACACAGGCAGAAGUGUUCGUGGCCAUGUGCAAAGAUCAUUUCCAGGCAGAAAUGGACGUCAUGUUAAAACAUCACGACGCGGUUUACGAUGCUCUGAAGGUGAUCAUGGACUUGAAUCAUCGGGAGCACGAGAAGAGACUGACGGCAGUGUACGAGAUGGAGGUGGAGGAACACAGGAGGAAAAUGGAGGAACACAGCAAGAAGGAAAUGAAGGCCCUUAGUAAAAUGUACAAGGACAAAAAUGAACUGGCAAGGAUAAAGAGAGAAGCACAAAAUAAACAUAUAGAUGAAGUGGUGCAAGAAAGAGCUAAGCAUAAAGACCUACUGGACAAAAAGAGAGAAGAGCUGAAACAGGAACUAGGGGCGAUUCAGCAGGAGUUUGAACGAGAAAGAGAAAUGGUGCCCAAGGAAUAUAAAUCGUCAUUUGAAGAGAAAUGUCGGAAACUGACAGAUCAAUUCCGUGAUGUAGGACUAUGCGAUUCUCAUGAGGAGCUGAAUGGGGAACAAAAUACACCACUUUAGUACUAUUUAGAUCAUGUGAUUGAUCAUGUGAUAGAUUCAGGAACCAAAAUAUAUGUAGCAUGGCAUUUCUCGUUUACAACCAUCUUUUGUUGAACAGUAUGUUAUACAUGUAAAUCAUUAUAUUUAACUUACAUUGUGUAGAUUGAAGAAGAUAAGACUGUGAUGCUAAGGUAUUUAUUAUAGAGGUAGAAGCCAGGGUUUAACAGGUUACAGCUAGAAAGGUUCUGACUAUUAAUAUACAUAUAUACAUAUAUUUAAUUAAUGACAAUUUUAACUUAAUGACAAUCUUUUUUUCAAUUCUUUAUUUCUGUCCUUUAAUUGAUAAUAUUCUUUUUGGACUA